AUGUCAGACAUAGAUGCCAUUAUCUUUCUUCUAAGCAAUAAGUUGAUAAUAGAGGAAGCUCCUCUACAAAUCUAUGUCUCAGGCUUGAUCUUCAGUCCAAAGUCUAGUGAACUGAGAAAGCAGAGCUGCAAGGAGGCACCGAGCUGGAUUUUGAAAGAGCCUCGCAAGCCAGAUAAUUGGAGCGAAUCAUAUCGUGGCCUUUCGAUUGCUCGUUCAUCUGUGAUUCACUCUGUUGCAAUCUCCCCAGACAGCAGACUUGUUGCUACAGCUUGUGGAGACCGCAUGGUACACAUAUGGGACGCAACAAGUGGCACGCGGAGAUUCAAACUGGAGGGAAAUUUAAGCGGGUGGGCAAGUGUCUGCUUUUCACCGAACGGGCGUCUCGUGGCUUCUUCUUCCCAGAACCGUCUUUCGGUAUGGAACAUCCAAUCUUCCUUUGGCGCGAGAUCUCAGCCAGACUUUCAGCUUCGUUUCAGGCGUCUUGGAUUUUGGACAGGGCCUGCUACCCACCAGAUCUGUGCCUUUUCUUCAGAAGAGAAUCUCGUCGCAGUUGCUGAUAUCCCCCGUGAUAUCUUGGUUUGGGAUAUAAAAGCUAAAGAAUCGCCCAAGUACCAUUUUCAAGUUGAGCGAGGCACACGCAUCACUGGAAUUUACUUCUCAUCAGAUGGAUCGUUGUUGAUUUCCAUCAUAGCCACUAAAGAACGUGGCCAAUUUAAUGAGAUACUCCAUGCUUGGAAUGCAUUGACCGGGGUUAAGGUUUCUUCCACGAGGAUCACCCCCAAGGAGUUUUGGCUGGGAUCAAUGCCUGGGACGAGGUAUAUCACUAUCUCACCUCCGGUAUCAACUGAGGGACCUUGCCUAGUUCUUCGUGAUGCUCGUGACGGCUCGGAUGGCAUGCGAGUUCCGCUUGGCCCUAAUUCACCAACCAAGGCGAUUUGCAGACCUGCAGACAGAAAGUUGAUACUUGCGUCAUUCAAGCAAUAUGCUAUUUUUCUGUGGAUGCUUGGCGAAUCAUGUGCACCAACAGUCUUGAAAAGCGACUCCAUAAUAAAGAGCAUCACCUUUUCGCCCAAUGGCAAGCUCCUAAUUUCUGUCAAUGAAUCAAAUGAACUGAAAAUAUGGAACAUUGAAGAAUUUGGAUCGAAGCCAUCUCGAUUGAUGGAGAUUUACCAGGGUCUUCAAGGCAUAAGGGCUAACUGGGGCAGGCAAAGCAAAAUUGAUCUAAAAAAAAAGCAAAGUCAAGUCCCUUCAUGUGGUUUCGAUGUCUGGGUUCGAUCCCCAGAUGGAAGUUUGCUAGCAACUGGUGCUUACCAGGGUCCCACCGUGGUGAUCUGGGAUACAAGAGCGGGAGAGGAGAAAUUUCGCUUGAACGUACCCAAGACUCUUGGUACUCCGCAAUUCUCUCCAUCAGGCAACGUUUUCGCGGUACUGGCAGAGUCGGGUGUUCAUUUCUGGGAGACAGAAACCGGCAAACAGGGAGAAGUGCUGAACAUCGAUGGCCGUCAGAUCAGAUCUGGUGAUCUUUCAAUAUCUCACAAGGGCAAGAAAAUCAUUUAUAUCAAGAACGAUGAGCCACAUUUCCGUUUCCGUUCUAAAUGUUAUGGCUGGGAACUUGAUGGCCUGCGCAAAAUCUGCGAUUUUGAAAUACCGGUCCGCUACCACAAGAAGCUACGGAUUGCGUUCUCCACAAACGAGGAGCUCUAUUGCUUAUGGGGCCAAGGUUCAGAAUGGGUUGAAGUUGGAAGCUUUCCAAACAACAUUCUCCGACACAGAACCCUUCGAGGAUGUCCCAAACUGACGGGAUUCAUGCCCGAUGGUAAAAAUGUCUGGAUUUUGAGCGAGGUGGAUGGACGAAAAAGACAAAUAAUUCACAUUUGGAACAUCGGGCAUGGAGGCCUCAGAGAAUCUUAUAUUCACCUCCCCAAAUACUAUGAGCGUGAGGUAUCCGACGAAGAUGACGGCUAUUUUCAAGACGUACCGCCGGAUCUGUAUGGACCGCAUUACACAGAAGCAUCCCUCUCACCGGAUGGUAAGCUUUUGGCCCUCACAUGUCGCAAGUCCCACGCAGCGGGCCCUGAAAUUGAUGUGUACAAGACAACGGCGUUGAAACUCUGGUUCAGGAUCCAGCUUGACUUUCAGACAGAAGUUAUUCAAUUCGCUCCAUCUAGAACACACCUGAUCACGGACCGAGGUAAUGACUUACUGCCUGGUAGGUCACCACCAUUUCCACUGCUGUUUGCCACGCGAUCCUGGAUUCAAGAAAACGACGAGGAUAUUUUGGCAAUUCCACCUGCCUACAGAAACUCAGUGGCAGGUAUCAAUGGCCAUACCAUUACAUUUCGUGACCCUGUCGAUGGGCCGUUGUUUCUGAGACUUGAUGAGGGUGUUAAAACGAUGAAUUAUUGA